AAGAAGGGUAUUAAAGCAGGUGCAUUUCUGAUGAUAUGGACUUGCAGCGAUGGCUUUCUACAAAGUGAUCUGUGUGGCAACUCUGCUGACUCUCCUGACACAAGAGUCUCACUCACAACUAAGUGUGUGCGGUAAGCCAACACUCAACACCAAGAUUGUUGGAGGACAGGUGGCCACUCCAGGCAGCUGGCCCUGGCAGGCCAGUCUGCGAACCUCUGGGUCCCACUUCUGUGCAGGAACCCUCAUUAACAAUCAAUGGGUGAUGACUGCUGCUCAGUGCUGUGCAAGAUCAGGCGUAACCACGAGCACUCUGACUGUGUCUCUGGGUCUCCAGAGUCUACAGGGAAUAAACCCCAAUCAAGUGACUCGUACAGUAUCACAGAUCAUCGUUCAUCCCAACUUUAACUCCGGAACUUUUGAAAACGAUAUCUGCCUCCUGAAGCUCUCCUCACCCGUGACUUUCACCACCUACAUUCAGCCCGUCUGUCUGGCAGCCACAGGCAGCACCUUCUACAAGGGGACUCUCUCCUGGGCCACCGGCUGGGGCAAUGUUGGAACUGGAGUGUCCCUUCCUUUCCCACAGAACCUAAUGGAGGUGCAGCUGCCGAUUGUUGGAAACAGAGAGUGUACCUGUAACUACGGAGUGAGCUUGAUCACAAACAACAAGAUGUGCACUGGGUUCAGUGCUGGAGGAAAGGACAUCUGUCAGGGGGAUGGAGGAGGUCCGCUGGUGAGCAAGCAGGGCGGUCGCUGGAUCCAGGCGGGAAUCGUGAGUUUUUCCAGUAGUAAGGGCUGUGCCCAGCCUAAAAUUCCAUCAGGCUACACCCGGGUAUCCCAGUAUCAGUCCUGGAUCAACAGCCGGAUCACCAGCAACCAGCCAGGCUUCAUCACCUUUACCUCCGCUGGGACUGACGGUGACCUCAGCAUAAGCUGUCCUACCACCCCACCAACAGCAGCCCAAGUGUGUGGUCAGCCAAAACUCAACACCAGGAUUGUUGGAGGACAGGUGGCCUCUGCAGGCAGCUGGCCCUGGCAGGCCAGUCUGCAAACCUCUACAGGGUUCCACUUCUGUGGAGGAACCCUUAUUAACAAUGACUGGGUGAUGACUGCUGCUCAAUGCUGCUCAAGGCUUUCCUACUGCUCAACUCAAAAGCAUCAGUCAACCUGGGCUGAAGUGGUGGUCCGCGGCUGCAAGAGAGGGUCGGACGGGGCUGCCUCUCCUCCGCACAUCGGCCUCUCCAACCUCUAUGAAGCCCUGUCUGACUACAUGUGUGGUCAGCCAACACUCAACACCAAGAUUGUUGGAGGACAGGUGGCCUCUGCAGGCAGCUGGCCCUGGCAGGCCAGUCUGCAAGACACUACAGGGUUCCACUUCUGUGGAGGAACCCUCAUUAACAAUGAAUGGGUGAUGACUGCUGCUCACUGCUGUGACGGAUCCACCACAAGCGAUCUGGUUGUGUCUCUGGGUCGUCAGACUCAACAGGGAUCAAACCCCAACCAAGUGUCUCGUACAGUAUCACAGAUCAUCAGUCAUCCCAACUAUAACUCUAAAACUCUUGUCAACGACAUCUGCCUCCUGAAGCUCUCCUCACCGGUGACUUUCACUUCCUACAUCCUGCCCGUCUGCCUGGCAGCCCCAGGCAGCACCUUCUACAAGGACACUGUAGCCUGGGUCACCGGCUGGGGCAGGAUUGGAUUUGGAGUGGACCUUCCAUCCCCAGGAAACCUAAUGGAGGUGAAGGUGCCGAUUGUGGGGAACAGACAGUGUAACUGUAACUAUGGAGUGGGCUCAAUCACAAGCAACAUGAUCUGCGCUGGCGUAGGAGGGAAGAGCUCCUGUCAGGGGGAUUCAGGAGGUCCGCUGGUGAGCAAGCAGGGCGGUCGCUGGAUCCAGGAGGGAAUCGUGAGUUUUGCAGUACGCUGUGCCGAGCCUAAUUUCCCAACAGCCUACACCAGAGUGUCCCAGUAUCAAUCCUGGAUCAACAGCCUGAUCACCAGCAACCAGCCAGGCUACUACACCUACACGUCCACUGGGAAGGAUGGCGACCUCAGCGUCACCUGUCCUGGCCUGCCACCAGCUUAA